GCGUUGCACAAGGUAGCGAAACGCCUCCAAAAUUCAUUAUCAUGCAACACUUAAAAGGCGAUAAAUCGCAAAAACCAGUGGUGUUGGUGGGAAAAGGCAUUACGUUUGAUACUGGCGUGCUAAAUACUGAUGCCGAGGGCCGCUUAAUUUUAUGUGAUGCGUUGACCUAUGCAGAGCGGUUUGAGCCAAGUGCGGUAGUGGAUAUUGCAACGUUAACUGGCGCUUGCGUCAUUGCUUUGGGUCAUCAUGCAACUGGCUUAUUUAGCAAUAAUGAUGCAUUAGCCAAAGAAUUAUUGAGAGCGGGUGAAAGUGCUUUAGACCGUGCUUGGCAUAUGCCAAUGUGGGACGAUUACCAGCCACAAUUAGACAGUAAUUUUGCAGAUAUGGCUAACAUUGGUGGGCGCGCAGCUGGAAGUAUUACCGCGGCAUGUUUUUUGUCGCGCUUUGCAGAGAAAUUCGACUGGGCGCACUUAGAUAUUGCGGGCACUGCUUGGAAAUCUGGCAAAGAAAAAGGCGGUACGGGUCGCCCAGUGCCGUUACUUACGGCAUUUUUAGUAGCGCGUGCAGAAAAA